AUGAAAAUUUAGAAAUAGGCUUUAGCGUAAUUGUAGAUCUUGAAGAAAAUUUAAUUGAAAAUAUAAUGGAUAGCUCUAGUAUUAGUAAGGAAUCAUUUGAUAAGCUCAAAAAUAUUUUACUUAUUCCUAUAAUCCGUGAUGAUAUAAAAAAAAAAUAUCCACAAAAUCAUUUAACACGACGUAAUAGUGAAGCACGACAGCCUAUCCAGCGCUUUUCAUGUGCUGGUACUAUAUCAAUAAAGGUUAAUUUGAUCAACAAGAAAGCUAUCAUUUACAUUAAACAUCUUCUCGCUCAUUUAGAACCAACGCAUCAUUUAACAAGUUUUCCUAAUGAGGCCAAACGUUGGAUUCAGUCAAAUAUUAAUUAUU